AUGGACCCCGAGUACCAAUUCCUCCAGGUCUACUGGCUCGCAUUUUUCAUCACCUGCUCGUUGCUCUACUUCACCAUGUACAUUUUGAUCUUUAACUUUACAACGAAAGAUCUGAGAACUAUGAAAUAUUUUCUGUACCCUUCCAAUACUGCAAUGAUGAUCUCAAUAGGAAUGGGAUUUGCUACACAGGCCAAAAAAAUCAAUAACAAGGAGUCGAUCGCGUUGUUAUGUGAUGGGAUUUGCAAGUACGCAGGGCCCACGUUUUGUUAUCACUGCUAUAACUUGUGGAAGAGCUUCGGAAUAGUAGUUUGCCUCAUCAACCUUCACAUGCUCUACUACCGCGCCAUGAGCCUCAAGUACAUGGACACAAAGAAGGCGUUAUUGCGGACCAAGCUCUUCUCACUUCACUACCUAUUUCCACUGCUUUUUCAGACUCAAACAUUCAUACCCCGACAAAACCACGCUCAAGUUCACAAGGAAACCAUGCAGAGGCAUCCUCAAGAUAAUUAUGCACCCUAUUUGGACUUUGGCGGGUUUAGUGAAGCUCAGAAGGCUUACCUUGAUGUUAGUACGGUUUUUCUGGUGCUGGGAUCGGUUUAUUGCCCGUUCGCGGGGCUUUACUGUAAGUACCAGGCUCUGAGUAUGCUGAAACCCCACUUGUCACCGAACACUUCGAGUGCAACGCGUGCCAUGCUUCGGACUCUGAUAAAAGGCCUCAACUACCAGAUCCUUCUGCCACUGCUCAGCUAUAUCCCUAAUACAAGUCUGGUGAUCCUUAAUGCUGUUUUAGAGAAGCAAGUGCCAAUCUCCCAAUACACUAUAGUCUUUGGCUCAAUGUCGUGUGUCCUCGAGCCAUUCGUUCAGAUCUACUUCAUCACUCCCUACCGGCGAGCCAUCGGGCGGCUCUGUAACUGCUGCUUCCGAAGGGUGCUGGCACCGAACAAUGAACCUCCUAAUGUUGAUAGUACAUUGUAA